AUGUCAAAAGUCACACAAACCAAAGUCAAUGCUCUGUUGUAUUGGGCUCAAAAUGCCACUAAAAAUUAUGAUAACGUUGACAUUAAAUCUUUUUCAUCUCCAUCAUUUGCUGACGGUCUUGCUUGGUGUGCCAUCAUUCAUCACUUUAGGCCUGAUCUCAUUGAUUAUGCCUCCUUGUCACCCAGCGAUCCAAAGAAAAAUUUAGAACUUGCAUUUAAAGUCGCUGAAAAAGAAUUAGGAUGUACACAAUAUUUAGAAGUGGAUGAUUUACUGGGUAGUUCGCGUCCAGAACCAAAAUCCAUUCAACUCCAACUCAAUGAAUACAGAAGAGUGUUAGGAAGUGCCAAUGAAAUUCACAGAAAAAAUUCCGAUUUUGGAGACUUGAUCACAGAUUAUGAACAGAGUCAAGCUCUCAAAAGAAGUGUCACAAUGCCUCCGAAAAGUCUUGAAAAUCCAGAAACUCCUCUCAACAAAAGUUCAGCUACGUCAUCAAAAUCGUCAACUCUUUCUGUGCAGUCUUCGCUCGGCACGACAAGUAAACUUUCGAUACAAUCCUCUAACAUUACUGCUAGUAAUGAGCCAAAGACCACUGGAAUUGUGACGGCACGACAAAGAGAGGUCUAUUCGAAUAAUUCGAGUCCUGUCAUCUCUGUCACACAGCCCAAUCUUGAAGUGCUUUCUUUAGAUGAAGCAAAGAAAAAGAUCAAAGAUUUGUACGAAGAAAUUUCAUCGCUCAAAACCGAUGCUGACAAUAUUAAGAGAGAAAAUAACAAUUUAAAUAUAUUAUUCCAAGAGGCCAAGCAUACGAAAGAAGAGACUGAAACUGUUUUCAGACAACAAAAUGAAUCACUCAAACAAAAGAUUAGUCAACAACGUCAAGAUUUGGAAAAUGAAAGAAACGCCAAACAGAAUUUAGAAAAUUCAAUUGCUAAACUUAAAGACGAAAUUGAAAAUUACAAGAAGGAAAUUUCUGACAACAAGAAGAAACUUGAAACUCUUGAAAAAGAGAAACUCUCUAACAAGGACACCAAAUCCGUGGAAGAAUUACAAAAACAAGUGACCGACCUAACGAAUCAAGUGAAACAAAAAGAACGAAUUAUCACACAACUCGAAACAGAAAAAACUUCGUCCUUCCAAAAUUUGCAAAAAGUGUUGGCUGAGAAGGAAAAGGAAAUUCAAAGCAUGAAGAAUAGUUUAAAAAACAUGACAGAACAAGCAGAUACCAUGAAACAAGAACGAGAAAAACUUGAAAUUCAAAUCAAAACUUUGAGUGGUCAAUCGAACAAUGACCUGAAGAAAUUAGAUGAAACCAUUCAACAAUUAACAAGAGAAAAACAAACUGCAGAACGCGCCGCCAAAGAUACACAAAUGCAAUUUGAAGAUCUUUCUAAAAAGUUGAACAAAACUGAGAAGGAUUUGGAAGAGACAAGAAAAACUCUCGAUACCAAACUAAAGGAAGCUCAGCAAUUGCAACAAGAGUCCAAAUCACUGAGAGAACAAAAUUUAAAACUUUCACAAGAGAUCACAGAAAAACAAAAGAUUCAAGAAAAAGAGCAAUCCUUGAUCAAGGAAAAUAAUGACAAACUUUUAAAGGAAAAACAGAAACUAGAAAAAGAAUUGGAGGAGAUCAAGAAGCAACAAUCCAAACAGCAAGAGUCCUCAAAAGAUCUCGAAAAGAUUCGUAAUGAGAAUAAGAAACUCGAUGAAACUAUUCAGAAGCUCACUUCUGAAUGUGCCACUCUGAAGAAGGAGAUCGAGAAAGCUAACAAAUCCAAAGAGGAAACAGAAACCACACUCAAACGUCAACUAAAAGAAUUAGAAGAGAAACAUCAACAAGAACUUUCUUUCACAUUGGAAAAAUCAAAAUUGAAUUCCUCUCAAAAACAAGCAAUUCUCGAUUUACAACUUGAAGAUUUACGUGAACGAUGCUCCGAUUUGAAGAAGGAAAAAGAAUCGGUUGAGAAUGAGCUCAAUCUAUUGGAAUCAAAGAAAAAUCAAGAAAUUGAAGACUAUAAGAAGAAGAUUUCAAAUUUGAAGGCUGAAUUGAAGAAUGCCAAGUCCACAACCACCACUACAUCUUUGUCGACAACUACACCAGUUUCAACGACAACAAAUUCUCCCAAUUUAACAAAAUUAAUCGAACAAGAGAGACAAGAACGUUUCGUGUUGGAUCAAUCCAUCCUUUGUUUCGAUGCUUUUACUUUUACACAUCAAAUUCCAACUCCUGUGAAACCUAUUUUCUACGCAUUGUGUCACUGGUUGGAAUCGAGCGAAACUUUUGGAAUCAAUUUGGUCUCUACAUUGCAUUACAAAUUCAAUUCAUACAUUUCCACUGAUUUAGAGAAGGCAUGUUAUUGGUUGAAUGUCAUGGUUCGUCUCAUUCACAUGCUCAAACUAGAGCCAGAAUACGAAAAGAAGAUGAAAGCCAUUCUUAAGAGUAAUAUCAUUGAAAAGAACUUUUCAGCACCACUCUCCAAUCAAGACACUUCUAAAUUGAGACCACCCGUGUUCUUGAAUUACAAAUAUUCACAACAAUUAAUGGAAGCCAAACCACAACAAUCGUCAUCGAAUUCAUCCGUCGACAAGUUUUUAAUUUCACUCGCUCAAUUGACUUACGAUUGCUACUUUGAAUGUAUUUAUUACAUGAUUCUCAAAGCAAAACCUUUAAUUUUGGAAAAGAUGUUCGGGUUGACUCCAUCCAAUUCCAUUCCAUUGCUUGGAAAAAUUACUGGAGAUGUGAAAAUCGAUGUCAUUGUUCGAAACAUGUCGCAUUGGAUGGAUCAAAUCAAGAACAGUUUAUUGGAUUCUCGAUUAAUUGUUCACAUGUUCGAAGCGUUAGCAAAAUUGAUGGACUCUUUAAUUUUCAACCAAUUCAUUUCAUCCAUCAGCUCUGAAAAGCUUAAAACCAAGAAUGUGAAUCAGUUGAGAGAUUUAUCAAUGAAUCAUGCCAUCCAUCUCAAAAUGUCCGUCUCCUUCUUGGAGAGUUUCUUCUUUGAGGAACAUUUAACAGCUGGAUUGAACAUUCAAGAUUUAUUCCAUCAAACAAGAGAAGGAGCAGAUGUUUGUGUCUUGGGUCAAAAAGAUCUUCUCCAACAAGGCAAUGAUUUGCGUGAAAUUGUUUGUCCACAUCUCUCCACUCCACAAAUUUCCAUUCUUUUAUUGGAAUCUUCCAUGACUGCACAAGAUUUAAUCAUUCCCAAAUUAUCAUCGAAUGGUUACACAGAUCCCAACACCUUUUCAAAACAAACCUCUUCUCUUUUUGAUUUUGAAAACAAAUUCAUGAGUGCUGCAACACUUCACACCGUUCAAUAUCCUUCCAUUUUGGAAAAUUGCAACAAACAAGAAUAUUUCUUCCUUUUCACAAAAUCGAAUAUCAAGGGUAAUAGUAGUAACAAUACGUCAUCCAAUGGAAAUUCUCUGACGACAGCAGCAACAUCAUCCUCGACACCAACCAAGACUUUACAAAAAUCAUCCAAUCAUGAUGAAGAGGAGUAUGAUGUGAGUGCUUCUUCAUGGGCAAGUUACAAACAGAGUUCACUAUUGGCCACUACUCCAUCUUCGACGACAUUGCAAUCUUCAUCGCCAAGCAAAACAUUAACGAGCUCAUCAAGCAACAAGAAAUCAAAAAGUGGACUCAAUAUGGACAAUGGUUUAUUUGAUUGA